GUUUUCGUUCGAAUCGGACGCCAUUACAGAAUGGGUAAACCACGUGGAAUUCGUACCGCUCGCAAGCACAUCCGACACCGACGCGAUCAGCGCUGGGCAGACAAGGAUUACAAGAAGGCUCACUUGGGAACGCGCUGGAAGUCCAACCCGUUCGCGGGAGCGUCACACGCCAAGGGAAUCGUGCUGGAAAAGGUUGGUGUCGAGGCGAAGCAGCCUAACUCUGCCAUCCGCAAGUGCGUCCGUGUGCAGCUGAUUAAGAACGGCAAAAAGAUCACCGCGUUCGUGCCGCGGGAUGGUUGCCUGAACUACAUCGAGGAGAACGACGAGGUGCUGGUUGCCGGUUUCGGUCGUAAGGGUCACGCCGUCGGUGACAUUCCCGGUGUCCGCUUCAAGGUGGUGAAGGUGGCCAACGUUUCGCUGCUGGCCCUGUACAAGGAGAAGAAGGAACGUCCCCGGUCGUAAGCGCGAUCGAAAGUGCUUCGCAACGCGCAACGGUGUCCUGGCGUUUUCGAGCAGAACCACCAGGAUGAGAUUGGAGUGGAAAAUGUAAAACGAGUGGGAAAUGAAUGCAUUAUAGCGCGACACAUCAGAAGGAAGAAAUACAAGUUUGCCCGGAAGGAUCUUGUACCACUCAUAAACGGAUUUUGUG